UUUUUGGCUGUGUGCUCUGUAAAAGUUUACUUUAAAAGUUUUCAGAGAGGGGAAUCUUAUUUUGCUGCUGGUGGUGGGGGGAAGAGAACCAGACACCUCCCUACCCCACCCCCCAAAUUCUGAUCUCCUCCCCCUUCCCUGCUCUGAGCUCACCUUCUAUGAAGCGCUACAGUGGGUGACUUUUUAUUUGCCUUUUUGUGCCUGUGUGCGGUGCAUUUCAGAGGGUUUGGGUUGUUUUUCCCCCCCCCCUCCCUCCUCCUUCUCCUUCCAAAUAUGCUUUUCGAAAGUUUUGAUCUGGUUUCUGCGCUGGCUACCCUUGCUGCAUGCCUGGUAUCAUUGACUCUGCUCUUGGCAGUGUCCCAACAGCUGUGGCAGCUGCGCUGGGCAGCCACUCGGGACAAAAGCUGCAAGUUACCGAUCCCUAAAGGGUCUAUGGGAUUCCCCUUAAUCGGAGAAACGUUCCACUGGCUGCUCCAGGGAUCCUGCUUCCAAUCGUCCAGGAGGGAGAAAUAUGGCAACGUCUUUAAGACUCACUUGCUGGGACGCCCCUUAAUCCGGGUGACCGGCGCCGAGAACGUGCGGAAGAUCCUGAUGGGAGAGCACCACCUGGUGAGCACGGAGUGGCCCCGGAGCACCAGGAUGCUCCUUGGACCCAACACGGUGGCCAACUCCAUCGGGGACAUCCACCGGCACAAGAGAAAGGUAUUCUCCAAAAUCUUCAGCCACGAAGCUCUGGAGAGUUACCUCCCGAAGAUCCAGCUAGUGAUCCAGGAUACUCUCCGGAUGUGGAGCAGCACCCCGGAGCCCAUCAACGUCUAUUACGAGGCGCAGAAGCUCACCUUCCGCAUGGCCAUCCGUGUCCUGCUGGGCUUCUGCAUCUCUGAUGAGGAGCUCACCCGACUCUUCGAGGUCUACCAGCAGUUUGUGGAGAACGUCUUCUCGCUGCCCGUGGAUCUGCCCUUCAGUGGCUACAGGAGGGGGAUCCGAGCUCGGGAGAUUUUGCAGAAGGGGCUGGAGAAAGCCAUUCGGGAGAAGCUUCAGAACACGCAGGGCAAGGACUAUUCCGAUGCCCUGGACAUCCUGAUAGAAAGCGGCAAGGAGCAUGGCAAAGAGCUGACCAUGCAGGAGCUGAAGGAUGGCACCUUGGAGCUGAUCUUCGCUGCCUACGCUACCACGGCCAGCGCCAGCACCUCUCUGAUCAUGCAGCUCCUAAAGCACCCCGGGGUCCUGGAGAAGCUUCGUGAAGAGCUCCGCAGCAAGGGCAUCCUGCACAACGGCUGCAUCUGUGAGGGCUCCCUCCGGCUGGACACCAUCAGCAGUCUCCACUACCUGGACUGCGUGAUCAAGGAGGUGCUACGUCUCUUCACCCCCAUCUCCGGCGGGUACCGGACGGUGCUGCAGACCUUCGAGCUGGACGGCUUUCAGAUCCCCAAAGGCUGGAGCGUCAUGUACAGCAUCCGGGACACACACGACACCGCCCCAGUAUUCAAGGACGUGGACGUCUUUGACCCUGACCGCUUCGGGCAAGACCGUACCGAAGACAAAGACGGCAGGUUCCACUACCUCCCCUUUGGCGGGGGCGUACGGACCUGUCUUGGCAAGCACCUGGCCAAGCUUUUCCUCAAGGCACUAGCCAUUGAGCUGGCCAGCACGAGCCGAUUCGAGCUAGCCACCAGGACUUUCCCUAGAAUCACGCUGGUCCCUGUGGUCCACCCCGUCGAUGGACUCAAGGUCAAAUUCUUCGGACUGGAUUCCAACCAGAACGAGAUCCUGACGGAGACAGAAGCCAUGCUGGGGGCGACAGUGUAAGCCGACUUUUC